UACUGGUGAAGCUGCUGGAGCUGGUGCUGCUGGUGCUGGUUGUACUGGUGGUGCAGGUGCUCCCAGCGGAGCUGGUAGAGCUGGUGCUGGUGCUGCUGGUGAAGCUGCUGGAGCUGGUGCUGCUGGUGCAGGUCCUUCCAGUGGUGCUGCUACAGCUGGUGCUGGUGCUGCUGGUGCAUCUCGUGCCGGUGGUUGCUGGUGGAUCUGGUGGAGCUGGUGCUCCUGUAGUUGGUGCUGUUGGAGCAGCGUCCCAGGGCCAUGGAAAGGCUCUUGCGGUUCCUGCGGCGCAGGACGGCGCGGGGGGCGCCCCCAACCCCCAGGAGCAGACAUGGCGACAAGCUCCAGCCGCAGGUUCGCGACGAGCUGUGGCUGCGAGAAGCCGCCAACCAGAGCAACAGCGCUGGGCCGCAGGCACAAGAUGCCAGAGCCCCAAAACCGACGGCGGGUUCAGGUUCAUCCUCUUUCUGCCGAGUCCAUGGAAGGUGUCAUGCAUCAGAAAGUGCUGAAAUGAAGCAGUUUAUCAGAGACCUGGAGCAACAGCUCAUCAUGGAAAUGAACCCGGCUGAGGCGCUGGAAGCCAACAGGCGCUUGCAGGAGGAUUUAAACAGAGCCGAAAGAAAAGCUGCUCGGCUGGAAAUGGAAGUGAACCUACUGAAAAAAAACAUUGGGAGAAAGACAACGGCAUUAAAAACCACAACAGAAGAACUACGCCGGGCCCAGCAGCAGUUUGAGCAGUCACAGGCUCUUUGUAUCCAGGUGGAUCAGGAGAGGAAAGAUGCCAUCCAGAGGGCAGAAGGGCUGCAGGAACAAGUGGCCCAGCUGCAAGAUGAAAACCUUUGGCUCCGUCAGCAGCUGGGGGACGCACAGAACAAGGCCGCCCAAGAACUAAUGAGAGAAAUGGAGCGGCCAGAGGAAACGCCACUGGCAGCUGGGACACAGCAACAUGAUCGGCUGAAGCAAGAGAACCCCCACUUGCCAGAGGACUUGGACAAGGUCAAGGCCAAGGUGUGUGAACUCUCGUCACAGAUGGAGUUGCACUCCCAACUAUCUCUGCAGCUCAAAGCCACGAUCCAGGGGCUGCAAGAGCUGGUGGCUCUUCUGGCACAUGGCUUGGCCACUCCUGGGGGCGCUCACAGCCCAACAGCGCUUCAUGGAAAACGCUGUGAGCAGCCAAGGGAGGAGCAGCUGGAGUCGAAAAGCAGAGACCUGGAUCCCAGUGUGCAGAGAUCACAGAGCCUGUGGGACCUGAGCCGCUCCGCACAGCCCGGCCUUUCUGCCAGGGCCAGUGUGAUGCCGGCAGAAGCCUCUGCUCAGAGCCCGCAGGAGCCACGGCGCAGACUCUUCCAUCGCGAGGCAAAGACUCUGGGCCAGAGCCGGGGACGGAGCGGGAGCCCGUCGGGCUCAGGCACCGCUGAACAUGGAGCUGGAUCUGCUGGGGAUCCUCCCCAGGUAUCUCCUGCUCCUCUGCCGAAUGCAGAUGAAGUCCAGGAUCCCCCGGCCAGUGCAACGCACUUCGACCUCGACGAUUUGGAAGAGGAAUUGUUAGAACUGUUAGAAAGUGGUCAUUAAACUUGUGAAGGUUCCUUUUCUGUGCCCGUCUGCUGUGCUUUCCCAUGGCUGUCCCCUCCUGGGCUCCCACAGUGCUGGGCUGAACCAGGGGCAGCGGCUGGGGACAGCAAAGCCUCUGGAGCCCCCAUGCCCUGGACUGGGGAAGGACCACAAUCUCCAUGUCACACCCAAUGGGCCGCAUGUCCCUACCACCAGUGUCCCCACAUCAAGGCAUUGCCGCCCCAGAGGCCAGCCCCCAUCUGGCUCUUCUCCCCACUCGGCACCGCUGUUGUGACUCCACACUGGAGCAACUGUGGAGGAAAGAGCUGAUCUGGCUCAGGGGGUUGUGACUGGGUGGAAAAAGAGGAGAAUUUUGCCUGAGGCCAUGGGCUGGGGGCUUUGCUGCUUUGGGGGCUUUUGGUGGUUCCUUCUGCAUUGCUUAAGUGAGACAGAGAAAGGGUCAUGCUUUGGCAAUGCUGUCUGUAUAAAGCAUUACUUCUAGUUGUUAUUGAAUGACUUGCAGUUUGUGACUAAUUUACAUUGUUCCCAGAGAUUUCAGACUUACAUGGAUGAAUGUUGUUGUGUCCGUACCUGAACUUGUCUCCAGAGAGGCUAUAGAGGGCCAUCCACAUCAGUUGGGUUUACCCAGUAGGAAUGAUAUAUUUAUUACUUACUAGACAGAAGAGUGGUUAAGAAUUGCUAAAUACAAUGAAAAACAAUUGGAAAAUAAUGAAAACCACUCCAACCAAACCCCAAUGGCUAC